AUGUCUGGGUCUUCGAGUGGUCGGUCGAUGCACUCUCGUGUUGGUCGAAGCAAUCAACGCUACAACUCUGCUGGUGAUCGCCUUGUGGCAGGAAUUGUGCCCCUCACCGAAGACCUCAACUACGUCCUCUUGAUCCAGUCGACUCGACGAAAAGGCUGGGUUCUGCCCAAGGGCGGAUGGGAAUCAGACGAGACCUGCGAACAGGCUGCCUCUCGCGAGGCCUGGGAAGAAGCCGGCAUCUCUAUCCAGAUCGACUUCAAUCUAAGUACCAUUGAGGAGAAGCGAGCGCGCAAAUCCUCAAAGGACCGUGCCGUAUAUCACUUUUAUCAGGCUACCGUCUUGCAGGAGUACGAUGAGUGGCCAGAACGGCACAAGCGCGAACGACAGUGGUUCACGUACUCUCAGGCCCGAGAAGCCCUCGCCUCACGGCCUGAGCUGCUGGAAGCGCUGGAGCGGACUACAAUGAACCGCUAUUAG